UCAGUUACUGGCCGACAAGAAAACCUACCAAACCAAUUAAAUUGAAGCUUCCAACUUUAUUAUCCCUUCACGCGGCUUUGAGAUUAUUCCCAUCGAAGAAAGAAAAUAAGCUCUAUUAUUAUUCAACACUACGCUCUUCUGCGCUCUCGUUCCCAAAGAACUUUCUUGAUUUCUUCUACUGAUCUCCUCUGAUAAGCAUACCAGAAACAAUGGCUGCUGAGGUUGUGGGUGGAGCAUUUCUCUCUGCUUUUCUUCAGGUCGUUUUUGAUAGGCUGGGUACUACUUCUAGCACAAACAACUGCUUCGGGUCAAGAAAGCUCGUGGAUCAAUUGCUCCACGACCUCAAGAUCAACCUCAUCUCUGUGAAUGAAGUGCUUGAUGAUGCAGAAGCAAGGGAAUACACAAGCUCUAAUGUCAAGGAGUGGCUUCAGGAGCUCAAACAUACUGUUUAUGUGGCUGAUGACCUCUUAGAUGAGAUUGCUACAAAGGCGAUCAGGUUAAAGAUCGAAGCUAAGACUCAACCUGCUACCAGUAAGGUACGACGCUUCUGUACUUGUUUUGUUAAUUCAUUUGACAAACGCAUGGAAGCUAGAAUCCAGGAAGUGCUUCACGACCUGGAUUUGCUUAAAGAACAAAAGGAUGCUCUGGGAUUGAAGAAAAUCUCUGGUGGUCGUAGCGAGAUUGGAGUUGGUGGGAAAGUAUCCUCUAGAUUGCCAACUACAUCUCUGGUGGCUGAUGAGUCCCGCAUAUAUGGUAGAGAUGGUGAUAAAGAAGAAAUAAUUCGUCUUUUACUUAAUGAAGAUCUGAGCAGGGGCCCACUGUCUGUGAUCUCUGUAGUGGGUAUGGGUGGUUCGGGGAAAACCACUCUUGCUCAACUGGUGUACAAUGAUCGGAGGAUGAAGGAUCAAUUUCAGCUCAAAGCUUGGGUGUGUGUUUCCGAAGAAUUUGAUGUUUUCCGAAUUACAAAAACAAUACUUUCUGCACUUGACUGUCCAAUAACAGAACAUGAAGAUCUAAAUCAGCUUCAAUUGAAACUGCAAGAGAAAUUGACGGGGAAGAAAUUGUUGCUGGUUCUCGACGAUGUCUGGAAUGACCAGAAAUCCGAUUUGGAAUCAUUACAAGUUCCUUUUCGUUCUGGGGCUUCUGGAAGUAAGAUCCUUGUUACAACACGUGAUAAAAAGGUAGCAUCAGCCAUGGUCUCUGUUGAAGUGCAUCGCAUAGCUUUACUGAAUGAAGAAGAUGGUUGGAAGUUAUUUGAGGAACAUGCGUUCAAAAACAACGAUGCUAGCUUGUGUUCAAGUCUACAGGCAAUUGGCAAAAAAAUUAUUGAAAAGUGCGACGGGUUGCCUCUGGCCAUAAAAUCAUUGGGUAGCCUCUUGCAAACAAAAUUUUCAGAGAACUAUUGGAAUGAAAUUCUUGAGAGUGAGAUAUGGCAGUUACCAAAGAGUAAUAUAAUGCCAGCUCUACGGCUAAGUUAUCAUUAUCUUCCUUCUCAUUUGAAGAGGUGUUUUGCGUUCUGUUCUAUAUUUCCUAAAGACUUUGAAAUUGACAAGGAGUCUCUAAUCCAAAUGUGGAUGGCAGAGGAUUUGAUACGUUGCAACCAAGGAAAUAAAAGUGUGGAGGAAUUGGGGAAUGAAAUUUUGGAAGAACUAGAAUCAAGGUCAUUUGUUGAGAAAUCAAGAUUUGAUGAUGACAAAUUAAUCAUGCACGACCUGAUAAAUGAUUUAGCGAAAUCAGUCUCCGAAGGAUUUUGUUUGAUGAUGGAGGGUGAUAAGGUGCAAAAUAAUAUUAAUGAAAGGAUACGCUACUGUUCAUUCUCAACUUUUGUCAGAAAGGAUGAAUUAUCAUUGGAACCUAUUUAUGAGUGUGAGCAGUUACGAUGUUUUGCUACUCUACCACGAGAAAUGUACGGUCCUAUUGGUGGUAAGGUUGAGGUUGAAAUGUUUUCAAGAUUUAAGCACCUGCGAGUUUUGAGCUUGAAUUUGGUUUCAACUAUCACUAAAUUAAGUGAUGGUAUAAGGAAUUUAAAGCACCUUCGUUAUUUAGACCUCUCUCGUAGUAGGAUUAAAAAGUUACCCGAUUCAAUCGGCACCGUGUAUAAUUUGCAAACUUUGAAAUUGAUCUGCUGCCGUGAAAUUGUUGAGUUACCCGAGGAUUUGUACAAAUUAAUGAAUUUGCAUUAUUUAGACCUUUCAGGUACUGGGAUCAGCAAGUUACCUGAUUCAAUUUGUAAGGUGCUCAGUUUGCAAUCGUUGAAAUUGGGAGGGUGUAGGUCUUUGGCUGAAUUGCCAGCAGAUUUGCACAAUCUCAUCAAUCUUCGACAUCUUGAUUUGGUUGGGACUAACAUAAGGGAGAUGUCAAUAAACAUUGGAAGGAUGGAACAUCUUCAAGUAUUGACAAGAUUCUGUGUGGGAAAGCAAAGCUGGCCCAAUAUUAGAGAGUUAGGAAAAUUCAAUAUUAGAGAGUUAGGCAGGCUUGAGAUUUUUGAGUUGGAUAACAUCAACGAUCCAAUGGAUGCCAAGGUGGCCAAUAUGAAAGAGAAGAAUCACUUGAAAAACUUAACUUUGCGAUGGAGUGGAAACAAUGUGGAUUCACAAAAUGAAAUGUCCGUUUUGGAGGCUCUUCAACCUCAUAUCAACUUGAACCAUCUUGUUAUUAAAAACUAUGGUGGCACAAGGUUUGCGGACUGGAUGGAUGCUCCUUAUCUACCUAAUUUAGUAUCUGUUGACUUGAGGGCAUGUAAAUAUUGCUUUUGUUUACCACCACUUGGGCAGCUGCCCUCUCUAAAGAUGCUUCGAAUUUCUAAAUUAGAAGGAAUAAAGGAGAUUGGGUCAGAGUUUUACGGGGAGAAUUUAUCAAUUGCUCCGUUUCCAUCCCUUGAAAAUUUGCUAAUUAAAGAUAUGGGGGAAUUGGAAGAAUGGAAGCAUUUUGAAGGUGAAUGUUUUCCUCGCCUUGAACUCAUGUUUAUAGAAAGCUGUCCGAAAUUAAGGAAAUCCCUUCCUCUACGCCUUCCAUGUUUGGGAUAUCUAUUAAUUACAGGAUGUGAAGGCUUGGAACUUGAAUCAUUCCCUAUUAAACAUUCCUCUUAUCCGAAACUCGAAAAUAUCACCCUUUCUGGCAUGACCCAUCUGAAGUCACUUCUUGAAGACAUGCAUGCACAGCUCCCCUGUCUUCGUUCUUUAGAGCUGAAGAGAUGUCCACAGCUACAAUUGGUUCCUCAAAGAGGUUUUCCUUCAAGCCUUGUCAGGAUUUCAAUAAAAAGUUGUCCGAAACUCAUAGCUUGUCGUAUGAGCUGGGGCUUGCACAAGCUUCAUUCUCUACAAGAGUUAUCCGUGGGUGGUCAUGAUUUUGAAGAUGCCGCGUCUUUCUUAGAAGAGCAACAUUUGCCGCCCAAUCUAACAUCUCUUUUUCUCAAUGGAUGUUCAAAUUUGACAAAAAUAAACAACAAUGGCCUUCUCUCCCUCACAUCUCUUCGAUCCUUAGAGAUUUGGGAUUGCCCAAAUCUCCAUUCUUUUCCAGAGGAAGGUUUACCCGACUCCCUUUCUUCAAUACAUAUUGGAGGAAAUAGUCCAUUACUAAAGCAGCGGUACCAACAAAAAGUGGAUGGACCAGGCUGGCAUAAAAUUUCUCACAUUCCAGAGGUGUAUAUGGAUUAGAUGGAACUGCAUUCCCUUACAGUUCAUUCAUUCAUUCACCUGGGAGUUAUGAUGCAUAUGUAGAGUUUCGUCCCUAAUAUUCUUUCUUAAUUAGGAAUGCUUAGCCAAUUAUCAAGUCUUUGGACUAUCCUGAGUUUCCUCAGCAUCUCAUGGUGCUUUUCCAGUAGGCAACAUGUGAUUUCGCUAAUGAUACUACUCUUACAUUGUUGAAAUGCUAAGCCCAAUACCAUAGAUGUGGACCAUCCUGAGUUUCAAUGUACGAAAGGCAAAUUUGUGAAUAUCCCAUCCUCGCAUGAAAUCUUGUCCAUAGAACCACAUGCUUGAAGCUUCCGCUAGCCGACCUUAUCUUCCCAUGUGCAGGUAGUCCUAGUUGUGGUCUUCAUCUUCCUCGGCAUUGUUCUAUGAGAAAGUUAUCAAAAGUGCAGAUGAACAAUGGGUUGGAUUUGAAUCUGAAAUAAAUUUGCCAAUCUUGUCCAUGAAAGCUGCAACAAGUGAACAACUGGCGAAAACCAAUGGCACACAUGAAAUUUAUGGAUUAGUUGCAAACGAUCAAUGAAAUGCUAAGCCGAAGACCAUGUCUUUGGACUAUCUUGAGUCUCAUGUAUAUAUGUAAACCAAAUCUACGAAUUGUCCAUAGAACCACUUGCUUGAAGCUUCCACUAUGCUAGUGGUAGUCUUCAUUCUUGGCAGUUGACGGUAUUCUUUGAGGAAGUUAUCAAAAGUGCAGAUGAACAAUGGUGCUUUUAAUUUUCUAUGGAUAUUUUAGUUUGGUUCUUGUUUGGCUCUUUAACAUGCAAGGAAGUAAGGAGGACCUAUCAUUUUCCAUCAGAGGGGUGUGGAUGUUCUUACUCUGCUUUGGCUCAUUUUUGUUUUGUACAACUAGACUUCGGUUGGUCUUAUUGAAGUGACCAACACACAGCAUUGAUUCUAUGUGAGAUCAGUUUAUGUGAGAUCAAUUACCUGAAAAAUUUUCUCCUCUUUUAGCCUCGGCUGGAUUUGACUCUGGAACAAAACUACGUACCAGCUUGUCAAUCAAUGUAGCAACAAAUGAAACAACUGCCAAAAACUAACAGCAUGAGGGAAAAUUCAAAUGGUUGAAUUAGUCUCCCAUGAUUCAAAAAUGCUAAGGAAAGAUCAUGUCUUUGGAUUAUCAUGAGUUUCAAUGUAUGUGAAGCAAAUUUGUGAUGAUCACAUCCUCACAACAAAUCUUGUCCACGGAACCACAUGCUUGAAGCCUCCACCAUUUCUAACCUUAUCUUCCCAUGUGCUGCUAUUCCUAGUUCUGGUCUUCAUCGUCCACAGCAUUUGAUGGUAUUCUUGUGCAAGUUGUCAAAAGUGCAGAUGAACAAUGGGGUUGGAUAGGGUGGGAAUAUGGUUCUGGACAUAUUAACUGGAAUCUUUGCUGGUUGCAGUCAAGCGGUGGAAACCGAAUGCUUUGGUGCCUAGCAUGCUGUAUUUUCAAUUAUGACAAUGCCCAGUGCCAUUCAUGGCUUGAUUCUUAAGGGUGGAAGGCUUUUAUCUUGAUGUCUUUGGGAGCAUGAGGAGCUUGUUGAUUUGUCAGAAUAAGUGAAGUAGUGUAGUGCCAAUGUUUGAACCAUUUCAUGUACAUUUUUCUGAAUUUGCAAGCAUGCUAGAGAUGCUGUCAAAGCUAUUAAAACAACAACAAAAAAUGAUGGGUAAAAAAAAAAAAAAAAGGCUUUGUGGCAAAUCCCAAUAGCUAACUUCAUUUAGUCAAGGUUCUACAGUGUUGUGCUGAAUGAUCCAUUCCUCUGAUGAACAAUGCAAGAGAUCAUAUUCAUAGUUAGGGAAGAAUCAUGUUCCAUGCUACAAUUGUCAACAAAUUAAAUUUAGUGGUCGGUCCUUUGUUGUUGAGCUUGUAAAUUGUUUUGUUUCUAUUCAAUGUACGCUAGUUGGUCCAGAGAGACCUAUUCAAAGGGUAUUUCAAAUUAUGAGCUAAUAUAUUACUGUAUAUAUUGGUCAUUUAGAGAUUGCAACUCUCCAUGUGGUAACCGAAUUCAUAUGUUCCUUCAAAUGCCUUUUGUUUAUCCCCUUUAUUUCUUUUC